AUGUCCCCUGUCUCUGGGCUUUCGCCUCUUGUUCGUCGAUUUUCCUUUUUACCUCGGCAAAUCACAGCUAUGCUUUGUAAUUUAAAGAUUUGUCGACUCCGACGAAGGGCAGUCGGUUCUUUCUUCUUGUUGCUUAUUCUAUGUGGGGUGGUGCUUACCUAUGCAGCUCUUUUAAGAUCCAGCAAGUCGGUCGGGUCAACAUUUCGACUCCAGAAGAAGCAUUCCCACCACAAGAACAGGAAGAUGCCAGGAGGAGGGUCAGCUCGUGGUCACCCCAAGACAAAAACUCCGGCCAGUCCUUUAACUUCAAGUGAACUUCCUAUUUAUAUCGUGGAAGAACAUCAAGAAGUUUUGCCAUACUGGAUAGAAUCUGCAAACAAUGGAAUUAUCUCAAAGACUGGAAAUACUUUGCAUCUCAAUUCCUCCUCCCUGUCUCGAUCUAGCAUCUCUCUCCUCCCUCCCUGUCUAGAUCUAGCAUCUCUCUCCUCCUCCCUGUCUCGAUCUAGCAUCUCUCUCCUGUCUCCUGUCUUCCUGUCUAGAAUCUCCUCCCUGUCUCGAUCUAAAUGCCUCCUCCCUCGUCUCCCUCCCUGUCUCGAUCUAGCGUCUCCCUCCCUGUCUCGAUCUAGCGUCUCCCUCCCUAUAUUUGUGUGUGUCUUUCUGUCUAUACAUAUGUCUCUGUUGUCUGUUUGUUCGUGUGUGCGUGUCUCCCUGUCCCUAUGUUCGUGCGUGUCCCCCAGUCACUCUGUUCAUCUGUUUCUCUUUCUCUGUCUGUUCAUCUGUUUCACUCUCUCUCUCUCUGUUCAUAUCUCUCUCUCUCUCUCUCUCUGUUCAUGUCUCUCUCUCUCUCUCUGUUCAUGUCUCUCUCUCUCUCUGUGUUUUUUAAAUUCUGCUUUAUUCUCUUCUCAUCUUUUCCCCCUUUUCUCUCUUAUCUUUUACUCUUUUUCCCCUCAUCUUUUUCUCCUUUCCCUCAUCUUUUUCUCCUCUCCCUCAUCUUUUUCUCCUCUCCCCUCAUCUUUUUCUCCUCUCUCUCUCUCCCCCAUCUUUUUCUCCUCUCUCUCUCUCCCCAUCUUUUUCUCUCUCUCUCUCUCCCCAUCUUUUCUCCUCUCUCUCUCCCCCCCAUCUUUUCUCCUCUCUCUCUCUCCCCUCUUUUUCUCUCUCUCUCUCUCUCUCCCAUCUUUUUCCUCUCUCUCUACCUCUCUCUCUCCUUUCUUUUUCUCCUCUCUCUCUCCUCUCCCAUCUUUUCUCCUCUCUCUCUCUCCUCUUUCUUUUUCUCUCUCUCUCUUCUCUCCCAUCUUUUCUCUCUCUCUCUCUCUCUCUCUCUCUCUUUUCAUCCUCUCUUCUCCCAUCUUUUCUCCUCUCUCUCUCCCCAUCUUUUCUCCUCUCUCUCUCUCUCUCCAUCUUUUUUCUCCUCUCUCUCUCUCUCCCCAUCUUUUCUCCUCUCUCUCUCUCUCCAUCUUUCUUCUCCUCUCUCUCUCUCUCUCCCAUCUUUUUCUCUCCUCUCUCUCUCUCUCCUCUUUCUUCUCCUCUCUCUCUCUCUCCCAUUUUUCUCCUCUCUCUCUCUCCCAUCUUUUCUUUCUCUCUCUCUCCAUCUUUCUACCUCUCUCUCUCUCCCAUCUUUUUCUCCUCUCUCUCUCUCUCCCAUCUUUUUCUCCUCUCUCUCUCUCUCCCAUCUUUUUCUCCUCUCUCUCUCUCCCAUCUUUUUCUCCUCUCUCUCUCUCCCAUCUUUUUCUCCUCUCUCUCUCUCCCAUCUUUUUCUCCUCUCUCUCUCUCUCUCCCAUCUUUUUCUCCUCUCUCUCCUUUCCUUGUUACCUGUUUUCUCUUUUUUCUACUUUUCUCUCAUUUUUUCCCUCCCUCACUUUCUCUCUCUCUCUUUGGCAUUUUCUUUCUCUCUCAUUUUAUCCCUCCAUUCCAUACUAUUGUUUUCACUUUUUCUACCUUUUUUUUGCAUUGCAUUUUCUUUCCAUUAUUCAUAUCGAUGCCAAUGCUGAUUCCAAUAUGCCACUAAAUAUUCCUGGAUAUCCAUUCUUCCGAUGGCCAAGAAGAAACCAGUUGGAAUUCAUGACACAGAACAGUGAUUCCUACAUAAUGACCGCCAUCACAUCCGAUCUCUUUAACUGCCAAUCUUUUUUUUAUUUAAAAAAAAAACAAUUUGUUUGUAUCAUUUUCUUUUCUUUUAAAUCUUUUAAAAUAUUUUCCUUAAUAUUUUCUCCACUUUCUCUUAUUACUAUUCUUUCUUUUCUUCCUUUCAACGUUUUCUUUCUUUCUUUCUUUCUUUCUUUCUUUCUUUCUUUGACUGUUUUCUUUCUUUCUUUCUUUCUUUCUUUCUUUCUUUCACUGUUUUCUUUCUUUCUUUUCUUUCUUUCAAUGUUUUCUUUCUUUCACUGUUUUCUUUCUUUCUUUUCUUUCUUUCAAUGUUUUCUUUCUUUCUUUCUUUUCUUUCAACAUUUUCUUUUUUUUUCUUUCUUUCUUUUUUUUUUUCUUUCUUUCUUUUUUUUUCUUUUUUUUUUUUUCUUUUUUUUUUCUUUGACUCUUUCUUUUCUUUCUUUUUUUCUUUCUUUCAACAUUUUCUUUCUUUCUUUCUUUCUUUGA